AUGGCCAGUGGCGACCUUCUCCUUGAAGUUCGUGACAAAAUACAACACGACAAAUUGCCAAAUCUUGUUUCAUUUGGCGAAACCCCAAUUUCAGUAACCCCUCACCGUUCCCUCAACAGCACAAGAGGUGUAGUUUCAGAGCAGGACCUUCUAGAACUGACUGAGGCAGAGCUCCUAGAGGGCUGGAAGGAGCAGCAUGUCACUAAUGUGCAACGAAUCAAGAUCCGCCGAGAUGACAAAGAAAUACCCACAAAACACCUGAUCCUUACCUUUUGUACCAGCACUCUCCCUGAAAGCAUCGAAACAGGCUAUAUGAAAAUUAAUGUCAGACCGUACAUACCGAAUCCACGACGAUGUUUCAAAUGCCAAAGAUUCGGCCACGGCUCUCAGAGCUGCCGAGGCCGUACCACCUGUGCAAAGUGCGCGUCCCAUGACCACCCUGCGGACAACUGCAACGACCCACUUCACUGUGCAAACUGUGACGGCGAACACGCCGCCUAUUCUCGCUCCUGUCCUUCAUGGAAGAAGGAAAAAGAAAUCAUAACACUUAAAAUAAAAGAAAAUAUCUCGUUCAAAGAAGCGCGCAAGCGUCUUUCUAUUGCACAGGGACCUACAUUUUCCGAAGUGGCACGGCUGGGGGCACGGCCACAACGGUAUUCGGCGGCUGUUAGGACCACCCAGAGUGGACCGGCGGCAUCGCCACUCGCCCCUACUGCGGGACCAGCUAGUGCUGGCCUGCUACCCAGCAAGAUCCAGCAGCCCUCAGGGUCUGCUGUUUCUAGUUCUUUAAGGGCCUCUGCUCGCGUAGAGAAGCCCGAAACACCCGCGAGCGGACACCGCGAGCGGACAUCCAUCGCCUCCACAGAGGCGAUGGAUACAUCACAAAGUGCGUCGGCGUCCCAGACGCCGAAGGCCCGGCGCAGUUCUCAGGAGCGCGCCAAAAAGGACAAAACCCGCAUCACGGGGCCUGGAAAGAGCCCUGUGGGCUAA